CCGACUCUGCUGCGCGCAAUUCCAUUUUCACGACUGACGACCUCUUUGUUACGAACGUCUUUGCAAACACACACGCCCGCGCCCGGCACGUCGAGGCAGUCGCGUCGUUUUCAGCGUCGCACCCUUUUAUUUCCCACCGUCGGCCCGCGCAACGUCGCAUCCACGCGACGCCCAUUUUUUAUCAACCGCGUCCCCCAGCAUGGCUGCCGAUUUCGCGAGCGAGUCGCCGCUGGCGAUGCAACUGCAGCAGGUGGUGCAGCCCAAGCUCGCCGAGUUUGGAUGGACAACGGGCGGCGACGACACGACGCUGUUCGAGUACAUCCUGCUGAUGCUGGCCAACGACAAGAACGAAGCGCAGGUCGCCGCCGAACUCUCAAACGACCUGCUCGACCUGGGCCCGGAGAACACCGAGACACAGCAGUUUGCGCAGUGGUUAUUCGAGCAGAUCGAGCUCCUCAAGCAGCAGGCCAGCGGCGGCGAUGCACAGGUUGCACAGUCGGUAGAGGGCCACAUGGACAGCACAUCGCACGACCACGCCGCGGGGGCCCACGACACAGACAUGGAGGGCGUCUCCGAGUCGCAGGGCAGCAUUCCCACGGGCCCCAAGGCAAUGCGCAACGGCAGCGGUGGCCAGGCAGGACGCUCUGCACGCGGUGGCGGCCGCAUGCUUAACCAGCUCAACAAGAACAUGGACCGCAACAACGACUCGGUCCUGCAUCGCGUACGCGGCGCUGGUGGAGGUGUGGGCCGAGUGAAUGCCCACGCCCGCGAUCCGCCAAAGGGCCCUAGAGGCCAGAACCUCGGUCGCGGAGUCGAGGCAAUGGCAAGCGGCCGUGGCAUGGGCAAUGCCAAUGUGAACAUGGGCCAGAACAACAUGAACGGCAUGGGCAUGGGCGGGAUGCCUGGCAUGCCCAUGGCUCCAAUGGGCGGUCAGAACAACAUGAACGGCAUCGGACUGAACCCACAGCAGCAGAUGGCCCUGAUGCAAAUGUACGAGCAGCAGGCACAGAUGAUGCAGCAAAUCUUUGCGGGCGGCGCCCCGACAGCGUUUGUCAACCCCAACUUCAACCAGAAUAACCGCAAUGGAUCCAAGAAGCCAUUACAUCAGCGCAUGGACCGGUCCCGCAUGAAUCCGAACGCCAAGCCAUUCAAAAAGGAUGGCGAAGACGAGACCAUGGCCGACGGCCCGUCCGCAGACGGCGGCAACGGCAUGGACGUUGAGCUGCCCUCAGGCCGCCCCGAGCCCUCAUCGACCAUGUGCAAAUUCAACCUGCGAUGCACGAACCCCGACUGCCCCUUUGUGCACCAGUCGCCUGCUGCGAUGCCCGGCAUUACCGUCGACAUGAAUGACACGUGCGACUACGGCGCAGCCUGCAAGAACAAAAAGUGCGUUGGCAAGCACCCGUCGCCCGCCCAAAGACAAAAGUACCAGUCGGAGCAGGAGUGCGCUUUCUGGCCCAACUGCCGCGACCCCUCGUCAUGCCCGUACAAGCACCCGUCGGCAAAACCAUGCCACAACGGUGCCGACUGCACGGUCGAGGGCUGCAAAUACGGGCACAGCACCAUCAUGUGCAAGUUCAACCCGUGCCUGAACCCCCGUUGCCUGUACAAGCACGAGCCUGGCCAGAAGAAGAACAACACGAAUGUCUGGGUGGCGCCCAAGGAAGGCGAGCACGUGAGCGAGAGGAAGUUUGUGGACGAGGAGCAAAAAGAGGAGCUGAUAAUUCCUGGCAAGGAACAGGAAAUGAACCAGGGACAGGCACACGCUGGGAGCGUCGAUGUGCAGUCAUAGAAUGGCAUGAAUGGGAUAAGAGGAGACUAGCGGUGGACAUGAUACCAUUGGAACGCGGACGCAGGGGGGAGGGGAACAGAGGAGAGCACUGUACAAUAAGUCUGGAUAUGGCUCAACGAGGCGUUUUGGC